GACAGCUCAGCGUCACUCGUCGCUUUACGGCAGAGCGUGUGUGCUGGAGGUCAGACGGCUAGCUCCGCAGUCUGUGACGAAACGCCCGUGUUUCCGCCUGUAAACUCUCUCCAGAUUCACGUCACACACUAACAGGAACGCGUCUGUGUGUGUCGGUGAAUCUGGGCGUCUGUCGUUGAUCAGUUUAAUUGGAUUUCGAGUAUUUCGACAUAGCUAGCUCCUGUUAGCCACAUCGGCUAGGAACCACGUGACCCUGUGGAGCCUCUGCAGCCAUGGACAGCAGCUCCCAGUCUGGGGGGAAUAAAGGGGGCAUGGGGGGUCUCUUUGGAGGGGGGGCACCUGAAUACUCCAACACAGAGCUGGCUGGGGUUCCCUUGACUGGAAUGAGUCCUCUGUCCCCUUACCUCAAUGUGGACCCUCGUUACCUGGUCCAGGACACAGAUGAGUUUAUUCUGCCCACAGGCGCCAGUAAAACCAGAGGGAGGUUUGAACUGGCUUUCUUUACCAUUGGAGGGUCCUGCAUGACAGGAGCAGCAUUUGGAGCUGUAAAUGGUCUCAGAAUGAGCUUAAAGGAGACUAGAGGCAUGGGAUGGUCCAAACCUCGUAAUGUACAGAUUCUCAACAUGGUGACCAGACAGGGUGCCUCAUGGGCCAACUCUCUGGGCUCUGUUGCCUUGCUGUACAGUGUUUUUGGUGUGGCGAUAGAGAAGGCCAGAGGAGCAGAGGACGACAUCAACACAGUGGCUGCUGGGACGCUAACUGGGAUGCUCUUUAAAUCAGGCAGUGGCCUAAGGGGUGUAGCCCGAGGAGGCCUGGCUGGUUUAGCCUUGUCUGGUGCCUACGCUCUCUACAGCAACUGGGACCACCUCACAGGCUCCUCCUCCUCUUCAUCCUCCAGGCUCUAUUAACCCUCUACCCCACUCAUCUGCUUCUACAUUAGGGCCAAAUAUCACACAGCCUUUAACGACAGCGCUAAGAGGGAUUAGACUCUGGUGUGAAGUGUGGGUCAGUACCAGUUCUGCUGGUUCCCUCCUGUAGCCUCUUUCUUUUCCAGGAGCACUCUUGGGGAAGUAAAUGAAAAAGAAGAUUGGACUGAAUUCCACUGGAAAUCUGGAUUUAGACCGUCCUAUAACACCCUCUCUUCAUUUGUCUCUUAUCAUCUGAUCAGUAAUGAGAAGACGCCGUGAGGAUGUUUCAUAUAGAUGUGUCAUUUGUUAUAUCAUUGUUUAUGGGGGACUUGUUAGUCUUCUUUAAUUCCAAGUUUUGAAAUCAAUGAACCCAUGAUAUUUGGGUUGAAAGAGCCAAUUUAUAAGAUGACAUCUGGUGUGUGUGGCUCACCAGAUGAAUGUACUGAUUCUGGACUGAAGGACUUUUCUUUAGCAGAAGAGCAAAGAGAUUUUCAACUACGAUCCACAAACGCAGAACUAAGCCUUAUGUUCGGCUCUACUCUCGUAUUUAUUAAAGUGUAUCUGAAGUUGUUUUUGUGUUUCUUUGCCAGAAUAAAUCACUGUAAAGCUUUUUAUGUGUCUCCAUCAAACCCGCUGUAUAAAAACAAUAUUAAAGAAAUGGGAAAUGUUGACAAAGA